UCGGUGUUGGUUGGUUGUUUUAGUAACCGAACAGUUACAUGCUAAAUCAUACACAAUGCAAAUCAGUGCUACCGUGUUCAUAUUGGUUCUAGUACUACGGCAUAGGGAAGAAGUAAGCGGUGCCGCUAUUGCUGAUCGUUUAUCUCCAAUGGCACUCAUUAUCGGUGGCACUGAUGUUGAGGAUGGGAAGGCACCAUAUCUAGCUGGUUUGGUGUAUAACAACUCUGAAACAUAUUGUGGUGGCUCGAUUAUAGCCGCUCGAUGGAUCUUGACAGCAGCUCACUGUGUAACAAACGUUACUGUCACAAAUUUAACUGAAGUACGGGUGGGAACAAAUGAUAACUAUAAAGGUGGAUCGAUGUACCAAAUCGAUCGUGUUAUACCACAUGAGCGGUACAGUGCUAUAACAAUCCGCAAUGACGUUGCGCUGCUUCGUCUGAAGACCCCAAUAAAAUUUGAAGAACACGUUGAGAAGAUUGAACUUAACGAGGAGAUCGUUCCGAUUAAUGCUACACUAACAAUUGUUGGAUGGGGAUUCGUUGGAUGGAACAAAGAAACCCCAAAACGAACUCAAGUGAUUAAAGUUCAACAUAUUGGUCUAAACCGUUGUCGAAAGAUGCCAAAGGGUAGUACUAUUUACCCUGAACAUCUGUGUACUUUUUCUAGAGCAGGGCAUGGUUUGUGCAAGGGAGAUUCUGGUAGUCCUGUGGUAUGGAAAGGGAAACAGGUUGGCGUAGUCAGUUGGGCAAUGACGGACAUGUGUGCAAUUGGAUUACCCGAUGUACAAGCCAGCAUUAGCUACUUCUAUGGUUGGAUUAAGAAAACAAUGGCAGCUAAUAGUGAUCAUUGA